UCAGUAGUCAUAGUUUGAUACUCUAUUGAUUGAAAUUUUUUGUAAUCUUCGAUCUUAAUAAAUUUAAAAUUUUAUAUUUAUUUUUGUUAAAAAAAAAUAAUAUUUUGUUUUACAAAUUAACAGUUUUUGUGGAUUUCGCUUAUUGUUGAUUCUAUACAUUAUAAUGGCAAGUGAUGAGAUACCGUUCGUUAAAGCAAUUGCAAAUUACAGACCACCUCCAUUGAAUAAAGAUACUGCAUUAAAUUACUACGCCCCUGCAUUUGGCACUUUAAACUAUACAUUUUUAUCUAUUAAUGUGAUGAACCCUGGACUUUUGCAAAGAGCUCUACCUAAACCAGACCUUACAAAUAUGUUUUUAUUCAACUCUUGUUUUGGAUCAUUUUUAUUUAUUGCUGGACGCCCACAUCUCAGCGAAGCGCCUUUCAAAUUACGCGUAGCAUAUAGCGUGUAUGGAUCAAUUUUGUUCAACAUGGGAUCAGUUUUAUCAUGGGCUAUUUUACGUAGUUUAUUGCCAAAUAACUCUGGUUUGGCUACUGUUGCUGGUUUAAUUUCAGGAUUCGCAUUGACCAGCUGUGGUGUUGCAUACUUGAGUUACAAUGAUAAAGUCGUUAAAGCAAAUAAAAAAUAGAAAUUAGUUUUUA